AUGGCAACAAGGACUGAACACGGCAAAGAAAACAGAUACCGAGCUCGCAGAGAUUUGGCCAAUGCCUCAAAAGGUGAGAACAAUGAUACCGUGAAGAGUCAAAGCUCAUCCGGGGUGACUCGCAACAAGAACAUUAUUGACACAAAAACAAAGCGUAAUGCAGCCAGUCCAGAGAAUGAGCUGAAACACCGAGCGUACAACAAGUUCGGUGCUCCUCCAAAGAAAAUUAUAUCGUCCGAUAAAGCUUUCAUUGCACCUCUAAAAAACGAGAAUGUUGCUCGUAAAACGCGAGAUGAGAAACCCCGCGUGCCGCGAAAACCCAGUAGUGAAGGACGGCCUGCCGUGGGAGAUAAAAACAAGAACGGAGUUGAAGAUGAAGGGAAGCCCAAUGUAAGCAAGUUGAAACAUAUUUUUGAUGAGACAAUUGCGAACGAGACACUUAAAGCACGCCAGAACUACAAGAAACCAAGACCUGUUUCAGAGGCAUUUGACAGGGUGAAAGCAGAAAGUGGUUCUUCAGAAAUUGCUCAGUCAGCUGUUCCAGGAAGAUGGUCGUUGCCUAGUUACUACAAGAAGACGUUGCCCACUACACCUUCUGAUCCAUCACACAAACCUCAUGUAUCUCAGGGUAUUGCCGCGAGAAGGGCGGUUUUUGAAAGUGGUGGAUCGAAUGAAGAUGUCCAGCCCAGGGAAAAACGAUCCCCAAGCCUGAUAGAUUUAGUCCCAGAUUUAAAGGAGCUGGACCUCAGCUCCCUGCGAAAAAGUGACCCAUCACCCUCGCCAAGAUCUCGCACAAGAUCUGACCCAGGAACUAAGCGACCUAUGUACAUUAUACGCAGCCGUGGUCGCUUUUCAUCUGAUUCUAAAGCUGUCAACGGAGAUUAUCGAAAACAAUCCCAUGAUGACUCUGUUUUAAGGAGACCAGGAGCGCAUGGUAGUAAGUAUCUCUAUAAAUCUCAUAGUGUGGAUCGUAUCUUGCCUGACUCAAUUGUGAUACCUGGUAGUGUUAAUGAGAAGGACAAAGAAACUGCUAUAACUGAUGUCUCUAUUACAUCGCUAAAGAAAGAACAAGAGGAAAAGCUGGUGUCUUCUAAGGCUGAAAAGACUGAGCAGGAAGACAAGUCCGAUGUUAAAGAUGUAAGUGCUCCAACUUCACAGGAUCAUGGGCAGGUUGGCCAGAGAUUUCAUCGAAAAGAAGUUCCAAAAGAUGACUUCUUUGAUGAGACUCCUGGGAGGGUGCGAGAAGCCACCUGGAAGGAUGAAGAAAUUCCACCAGAGGAGCUGGCACAGAUGGACUCAUCAUCCAGCUUCAGUUUUCCAAAAGUUCGGGACUCAAUUGCUCUGGAAAGUGAAAACAAAGGGUCUCGUUUGUCUGAGGAAAGUAAGCACCUCAAGUCUAAAACUGAAGAUGUGACGUCACACAAAGAAGAAAGUGAAAGCUCUGAGGAUGAAAGUGCUGGUAGCGUUGUUGAGCAUAGUGAUGUGGAGGAUGAUCAGAACGAAUCUCCAGUGUCACUUUUAUUUUCAGCAAAGCCACUGUCAUCUGCAUUAGCUAAGGGCAAAGACAAAGACAUUAAAACACAAAAAAGAAGUGUUGGAUUUGCAGUUGAACUCCCUAAAGCAUUUCCGACAUACAGUGCAGAGGAAUAUGAAAGAGGUAACGAUGACAUUGAUCCUGUAACAGCGUCAGCUGAAUGGGAACUCGAAAAACGAGUUGAAAAGAUGGAUGUUUUUUCUGUCGACUUGGAAAAAGGUAAGGUAAUGUACAAAUGUACAUAUCACAUGAAUUUUGAACUUUUCCACAUUCUAAUUUGAAAUGUAGCCCAUUUUACCCCUAAUACAUGUACAUAAAAUCUAGGGUUUUGCAUGCAUUCCAUCACUUACAAAGAUUUUUUUGUCAUUACAGUCAUUUCUUUUUCAGUUUCACAUCACCCCAUAAGAAGGCUGUGCUCUUAAAGUGCCCAGUGGCCCCUGGUGUCUACCUUUUGCUCUUGGGCAACUAGAAAAUCUUAGUUUUUUUCAUAUGCUGGCCACCCUAGAUUUCACAGGUUCAGAGCACCGGGCUUCCUUCAAUUGUUUUCGAUCACAGCAUUGCAUAAUACAGCUUGUUUACUCCCCAAAAUUUUGCAUUAGCAUUAUUUUCAAUUUCUCUUGAAGCAUUUUACUACCCAGAAGAAAUUGAAAACAAUUUUCGGAGGUAAGAAAGGUGUACAUGCAUUAUGGGCACUGUGAAAGUUGUGGGUAAAAGCAAGUUUUGAUUAUCAUUACUUCAUGUAAGACUUUGUAUAAUGUCCUUAGCCUCUCAACAUUGUCCUUAGCCACUCGACAAUGGCCUUAGCCACUCGACCAUAAUGUAGGGGCUGGAUGAUUGGUAUUGAAUGCAAAAAAGGCAUUCUCUAAAUGUUAGAUGUCCAGAGGUUGGUUUCUCUGUGUAUGACUGUUUUACUCUGAGUAAAAUAAAAUUUCUGGGUUACAUGUACUUUCAUAUUUCCUCAAAAUGAUUGUGCUGAAUUGAGCAGUGUGUUUAAAGACAAUUUUGACGUCCAUUCUUGCAAGGACCCUAAAAAAAAAUGUAAGCAUGUCUGUUGUAUUUGCAGGUGAGAGAGGGCUAGGUUUAAGCAUUAUAGGUCUUGGUGUUGGCACUGAUACAGGGGUGGAAAAACUGGGCAUAUUCGUCAAGUCACUGACGGAGGGUGGAGCUGCUGCUGCUGAUGGAAGGUAAUGACUCUCAAUUGUUAUUUAAAAAAUAAAUCAUUUGCACUUUACUCAGAGUUGUUACAUGUACAUGCUUUAAUUCAUGUAACAUGAUUAAAUCACCUGCACACCUGAAAGUUUUACUGCAUUUUGGAACAAUAAAAAUGGUAGCAUGUUCUGUGAUCAGUAAAUUUUUCGCCAUAAUCUUGAUAAUCUUUUCCUGUCAUGUAAGUCUGGAACCAAAGAAGUUUUUAACUUAGAAUUGGCUGACAGCUGAAUGUCGUGUUCAAGUUUAGACAACUCUUGAUGUAAAGGUUCAUGGUUUAUAGUCAGAUAACAGCACUGUACACAGUAUGGCAUAUGAAUAUCAAGAAACAAUGUAUAUAAUGCCGUAAAUAUCCACUUUUAUGCCCCCUCCCCUCCCCCCCCCCACUAAUAAGCCCCCAAGUUAUAGGCCCAUCUAGCGGUACAUGUAACCAAAAACACAGAUAAAUUUGAUUUUUUAUGUUGAAUCUUGGAAGCUUAAAAAGGGAAUAAAUUCAAAAGGUAUUUUGAUCAGCACCUCCUCCCCCUACCAUUCACAAGCGGAAGUUUACGGUAUGCACAUUAAUUGAAUUUUGAAACCAGUUUUGGUGAAAAAAGGGCAAGUGUACAUGUAGGUAGAUAUUACAUGAAAUAUUAGAUAACAAUAAGUAUGUAGGUUCCUUAAGAGUACAAUAUUUAUUUAUUUUGCCACACAACACUGUUAUCAUUGUUAUCGUCCUUAACAUUGUUAUCCCAGACACUCUGUACACAAUACUUUUUUAUGCAAUGUAUGUUAUGUGCAGUCUUCAAAUUCUUUCCUUUUAGAAUACAAGUGAAUGAUCAAAUAAUUGAGGUUGACGGAAUUUCUCUUGUCGGAGUAACACAGAUAUUUGCUGCACAGACACUAAAGAACACCAGCGGGGUGGUGAGGUAAACAAAAAAAGCAAUAAAUAGUUUUUUUCUUUCUUCUGAUUAGUGUUACAUAGUCAUUUAAAUGAUGAUUAACAUUACACAUAAUGUAAAUGUAAUUGCCUUUUGUCUUAAAAAUUUUUUCGUAAAUUAAAAUACAAAUAAAUUAUUUACUAUCAGUAAGAGAAUCUCUGAAAAAAUUGCAAUUUGAUCACAAUUGAUCUCUUUUAAAAUUUUUUGAAAUGUUCAAAUUUGCUGCCAUAUUUGGUACUCCAUUCAUCUUAGUCUCUCUUGGAAGCGAAGGAGCUGAUGUAAAUAUUCUGUGUGAGAAUAAACAGAAUAAAGUCUAUAAAUCAUUUGGCAUUUGUAUCAUUACAAUAAUUUUUUUAAUUAUUUAGAAAUCUGCUCAGAAGCACAGCAUACAGUGUAGUCAAUAAGUCUGUUUUCAGCUAAUUCAACUUUGUCAAUAAAAUGCAUGCAAUUUCUGCUAAAACUGUUUUAAAGCAUGUUUUAAAGUUAAGAAAAAGGCUAUUUACAUUGAAUCUGCAUCCAAGUGUUGUGGACAUGAUUAUAAAUAAAUUUUAGAUCAAGGCUUGUGAAAAAAUCUGGGACUAAGGUCUGGAUAAUAUUAUGGAGGUGCAACUGUACACUAGUGAAACCGGGCGUUUCAUGCACCUACAUGUAUGCAGUACAGAUACUGUACUUCUGUUUUUCAGUCAUCCCACUUGGGCCCAAAGAAACCAAAUUAUUUUCACACUAUUUACUGUACAUGUACAUUGUAACAUGUACACUUGUCUUGUAAUCAUUUUUGAAUAUAACGUGUUAAUCCUCAGAUUUCUUAUGGGAAGAGACAAGAGUAGAGCUCACCUACACAAUUUGCACAGAAUUGACUCUAACAAUGAACAGCAACUUGAAGUACUUCGGCAAAAACUAGCUCAGGUUGGUACAGAGAACAAAUGCACAAAUGCCAUGAGAAUUUACCAUGCCAAUAGUUGGCCAUGUUGGUAAUAAUGAUCAUCUUUUAAGGGGCUGGGUGCUUAUUACCUAUGUGUGUGUUUGGAGGGUGGGAGGGCAGCAAUUUUGUGGGGGUGGGGGGGGGGGGGAUUUUCAGAUAAGGGAGUGUUACCUGGGAGGUCACUUUAAUUAAUUUCAUGAAAGUAGUACAAAGCAGUUAAACAAAUGUGAAUUCAAAUUGAAUGUAACAGCUUUGAAAAGUCAACACCAGACUCAUAAACACAACUGUAGAUAAAGUAUGUGGUAAUCUUCGACACGAUUUGUAGCUAGAAUAGUCAUACAUUAGUUUCCACAGCAGUUGAGUUGGGUGGGGGUGUGGUCACUUUCACAAUGUGUAAAAUUUAUGUGGGGUCAUUUUUAAAAAGCUAGGAUGAAGUGGUGGUCAGUUUGAAAUUCUUCUAAACUUUCUCAAAAUGGGCGGCCCUCCCUCACAGGCAAUUAAUGACCAGUCCCUAAUUUUGCAGCAAUCUACAGCACCUCUGCAGUUGUUCAGGAAAAAAAUGUGUGGUUUGAAAUCCAUUGGCUUGGACUCAAUAUUUUAUGUACUAUUCAUGUGUAUUACAGGCUGAAGCCAAAGCAGAAGAAGCAGAGAAAAGACUUGCAGUGGCAGAAAAAAUGUUUUCAGCUCAGUCAAAUGAUGUUAUGGCAAAACAUGUGAGUGAUUUUAUAGGUUUUGUCUCAGCAAUUUAGUUUACUGUAGGUUUGUGAUUUUCCGCGUCCUUUCUUUCACAAACACAAAUUGUACCAAAGUGCAAAUUGAACUACAACAUAUACACCAGUGCAUCAGGGAACUGUGAUAAUUGCUAAGUGGGUAAUCUACUUGUAGCUUUCUUAAUCGCUUAAUCGAAAGGUAGUGAAAUACCACUUAUUAGCCAUGGACAAGGUUAACAAGUUUAUUAUCUGGCCUUUUUGGCACUAUUCUUAAACUGAAUACAAUAAUAAACAUUGGAAGUAAUUAUUAGUUUCAACAUCAGCACACAAGGGAUCAUUCAAGGUUGUGUUCACUAAAACAAACCUGGUGAUGUGAUCAAAACCACAGGACACAGUUUAUUUGACAAUGAGAAAUUUUGGACCUAAGCCCCCGAUCAAUUUAAAACACCAACUAAUCACGGAUAACUUUUAAAAAGACACAUCACCCCAAUGAGUUGUACGGUUGAGCCUACAAUACAGUCUUCUGACACUGGUCAGCAGAGACGCUUAGUUGACAGCUGUCAAUUGACCAUAACAUGGAUGUCCAUUAUCAAGUUUAACACAGAAUGUAUAUGCCCUGGACCCUUAGCGGAAGACCUUAGACAACAAUGACCUCAACCAGGUUGUGGCGUCCAGCGCUUUUGGUAAAAACAAGGGUUUAUUUGGGAAGGGUGCUCAGUCUCGCUGGCUCCUAAAACCUGGUCUUGGUCAUUCUUAUUUAAGUAUUUUCACACUUAGAUAGUAAUGCCCGGUCAUUACAAGAAAAUCUUGCCUGCUUAGCAGCCAAUUGGAGCGUGUGAACUAUUGGAGCCAUUAUAAUAAUCUAUUAAAAUUUGAAAUGAAAAAUUUUUCAUCUUCACUGUAGAAAUCUGGUAGUGAUAAUGAAGAGACGAAGAAGGCAUUAGCUGAAAUGAAGGAAAAGAUGAGCUCAUUAGAAUCAGACCUUGCACUCUCUGAGGCAGAGAAUGACGACAUGGUGCGGCAGUUGGAGGAAAGUAAGGGAUUAUACCUGAUCCUGGAGAAAAAAUACCAGAUUGCUAAGGGAAAAGUCAAGGAAUUUGAGGAAAGGUGAGUUUAGAGCAAAAGGUUUGUUGUCUGACAACAAUAAUACUAAUUAACUACCAUACUUACAGACCGUGUAUUUGUAAUUGUUAAACUUUGUAAUGGCUAAUUAGGCCUGAAAGCAGUAAUAAUCAAUGAUUCAGUCAGACAGUGAACAAAAAGGUAGCACUUUAAAAAUCAGGGCCAAGUUGUUCAAAGCGGGGUUAAGAUAACCCAGGGUUAGUGUGAGAUUUGAAUUCAGAUUUGAAAGCUUUAAAAGCAUUUCAGUUUUAAUUCUUUUUGUCUACAAGUUGGUGAUUGGAAGCUCUAAAAAUAACAGAGAGAAUUAUCCCAGAAAGUGCUUUUGAACACAAGAAAAAGAAACCCGGGUUAAGUGCUAAUCAGCCUUCAAACAACUGUGCCCAGGUCUUGAAUCUCUUUACUGUGGGAAAUUAAAUAACUCGAACUCCUGAUAACUCGAACCUUUUUUCAAUUUCCCUUGAAGGUUUGAGUUAUCGGGAGUCGACUGUAUUUAUCUUGUCAAAACAAAAUUGUUUAUUAAUAAAAGAACCUCCAGAGCAUGCAUCUGCUCCUGAAUAUUUUGCAUAUUCUUGAGCAGUAGGUUUUUUCUCCAUAAUAUUACUAUAAUCUGACCCUAUUUUGUUUUUCAAGGGAUCAAGCAAAUGCUGCAGCUGCUGAGAGAUCUGCCGUGGAAAUUAAACUGCUUCAAGAUAGGGUUGGUAGAUACCAUGUUUUUGUUUUUGGUGACUUUAAAAAAAUUAAUAUCAUGGUAAAUUUUAAAGGACACACAAAGGGAUUUAAUAAAUAUACACUGUAUUAGAGAAUCUGAGUGUAUAUUUGUCAUUAGUAAAAUCCAACUAGUGGUCUAUUAUCAAUGGUGCAUUCUGAUUGGUUGAACUACUACUAGGCUAUAUGUUAUGGCCCCCUAGUAGCGAAAAGCGCGGGAUUUUGGAGGCCAAAAAGGAUUAAAGUCUAGGUUUUAACUACCGCGGUAGCUAAAUUUUUUUUUAUUCUCGAUAUUUUUGACCAACUAGUUGGAUUUUACUAAAACAAUUAUUCCUCUCGUCCUCAUGGCCUCUGAGUCAAUAGCCCAUUCGGCCUUCGGCCACAUGGGCUUUUGACUCAGAGCCCAUUCGGGCUCAAGGAAUAAUUGUUAAUUAGUCUCUUGGGGCAUUUUGAAUUGGGAAAAAAUAAAAAAAUGUCAUUAUCAAUAAUUUAUUUAUAAAAAUGAGAAAAAGGUGAUGGUUAAUAAAAACCUUAAAAGAAUUAUUCACCCAACAGUUUUCCAUUGUCAUUACAGUGUAGCUUGAAAAACCGUUUGUGGUUUCCUUUGUUGUUUUUUAGGCUUACUGGAUGCAGUUUUGCUAUCCACACAAAGACUUUUGUUCUGCACCUUGUUUUCUUCGAGUUUGAGAAACUUUUGUGACUUUACUAACUUGGACCAUGAUUUGUUGUUAUUUUAAGGUCAAAGAACUUGAAAGUCAACUUCACAUUCUACAGCAAACAACACCAGGGAAGGAAACAAAACCCACCUCAAAAUUAUUCAAACAAGAACAGGCAGAAUUGUCAUUAUCUAGCUCUAGACAUUUGGGAAAGGAUGUUCCUUCAGGGAAUGUGCAAUUAAUUUCAAGCAAGGAUAGAAAAAUAAAGAAAAAUGAAGAACAGAACGUACCACCCAGUGCUGAGAGGAAAUCGCAAGUGAAUGAGGAAGUUGUGGAGAAUGGUUUAGCAGCUGAAGUACAACAAGCACUUGUAAAUUUCCAAUUGAGCUGGGACACAGAAGCAGAUAAAGUGAAAACAGGUACAGUGUAUCAUUGACAUUAUUCUGUCAUCUGAUCAUUUUAGCAAUGAGGAAUUCUAUGAUAGAAUGGGAAGAGUCCCCCUCUCCCAAUCAGUUAAAGCCCAACAGAUCAGAUUCCUGGGCCAUUGUCUUCAACACCCCCAGGGGGACCAUAUUUCCAAAUACGUUCUGUACCACCCAAAACAUGGUAAACCAAGACCUGGUGGAUGUAAAAUUGUAUUCCACAAAUAUGCUGCAAAACUAAUCAAUCCCGAAAUUUUUGUUGCUACUAAACUAAAAAAAUAUUUUCCUUGAUUUUAUAAGAAAGAAUAUGAUAUUCAGCAUUUUGCACUUGGCCUUCAGAAUUGCAAAUUUCAUUGAAUUGGAUCUAGUCAUUGCAUGUCAUCAUAUCAGUUUUUUUUUUAACCUCUCUCCUUCUCUUUUCUUUACUUCAGAAACCACAGAAGACAACAAAAAUGAAGGAUUAGACUUAAACAUUAUACCAGCCACAGAAACACUCGGCAAUGAAUAUCUGAUGGAGAAGAAGAGACUUGCAGAGGCACAGGGAAAAAAACAUAAGCCGACCAGAGCCAGCUGGGCUAAAUCACUUGAUGAUGAUGAGGAUGUAUGUCAGUCAUGCUAUAUGAUGAUUUAUUUAGUGGAACCCCGUUAAUGCGGUCACCAAUGGGCCAAAACAAAUAUGGCCAUAUUACUUGGUGACCUUGUUAAUGAGGGUUUUUUUACAUGAAAAUGUAUGGCCGUUUUGCCCGGCAGCCAAAAAAAGUGGCUGUAACAACGAGGUGACCAUAUUACUUGAGGUGGCGGUAAGGCAGGGUUUUUACUGUAGUUUAAUUGCUUUCUUGCCAUGUUUUUAUCUUUUGAGCAAGCAUUAUUAGGGAAACCAAUUAUCGAUUUCCCUAAUACAUGUAAUAAUCCAAUUGAUAGCAAUUAACAACCGGGGCCUGUUCAGUGUAUCAGAAAAGUAGCCAUACUAGCUAUUGUUAAGUGUCUUAAUAGCUUUAGAAAGGAAUGAGUAAUGGAGUUUACUAAGUUUAGUAAGUCUUGUUCGGUGAUGAAGUAUUUAUUUAGCCAUGAAUGCUUAAAAUUAACAAGACAUUGAAUUCUUAUUAAUCAUGAAUUUAGAUAUUUGCGGCUCAGGAGACUUCAGAUAAUGAUGAAGAAGACAGCCCCUCAAAGACAAGUUUGGCAGAAAGUGAACACAACCAUAGAAGCCCUCCAACAGGACCAGGACUUCAUCUUCCUUCCUUCCCAGCUGGAGGCUUCAAACUUCGGUCCACAGGCAAAAAUCUCUAUGAUGAAUCACCUGCAAAGAGUGGGGACACAUCUCCGCAGGAAACUCGAGCGAGUUUCCCUCUUUCUCACAAGGAGGAGACACGUAAUAUUGUAGUUGAGAACCUUUUGGAGAAGCAGCUUUCCAAGGCAGAUAUCCAGGUGUCAUCUCUGCCAACUACUGCACUUGACAGGGUGGACAGAGUAGAGCAGAAACCUGUUGAAGAUGAGGAAUGUUUUUCAGGGUCUGCAAACUCCUUGGAUGAAAUUGAAGAGGCUGCUAGGAGGGUAAGAAAGCCAUUAUUGUCAUUGUAUUGAGCAGCAUCAGGCCUUCCUUAGGGGUUAGGGGAGAGUAGAUUUUGGAUUAAUUUACAUGUAGGUUUCUUGGAAAUUGCCCACCUACCCUUCCCCUGAGCCAACAUUAACACUUGGUAUCACUCACAUUGUAGGGCAAACUGUUGACUUAGGGGAGGGGUAGGUGGGCAGUUUUCUAGAAACCUAAAUUAAUCUUUCCCCACUCCCAUAAAUGCCUGGUGCUUGGGCUACAUUCAUUUUGACAUUACUCUCAAUCCUCAGAUUGACUCAGACCUAGCCUCAUCACAUGGUUCAUCACGUGGUUCUUCCCCAUUCCUCCCUCCUGCUAUGCCUUUGUUACAAGUGAAGAGUGUUCCUGUUUUAGAGCCUUACAAUGAAGCAGCUAUUGAUUGUCCACCUGAGCUUCUUGCUGCCAGCAGCCAACCUGGCUCUGGGCGGGCCUCACCAAGUAAGUGCGAAGCAUGCUGGUAUUUGAUUUUAUUCUUCUUGUUUGAUUUGUUAGUUACAUACCGUAGACAGCCAUUUAUAAGAACUGGGCUUAUACAUCUUUGUAAAUAGGGGUCUUAGAACUUAACUGGAAGGGCUUAUAUCCGGGGGGAGCUUAUAACCGUAGUAAUUAAAAGUUAUGUCAAAACAAGGUACACUGUAAAGCAGUGCUGAUCAGAUUGCUUUUUACAUUAAUUUUACUGGUUUUAAAAUUAAGCUUCACGAUGUCAUGAUACAUCAUCAUGAUAAAUUGAAUUAUUUUCAAUACAAGCUGGAGAGGUGCUUGUGUCCAGGGGGUGGGGAGGGGGGUCUUUUAACUAUAUGAGCGUAUAACUGAGUGGGGGGCUUAUAAGUAGGGGAAUUUAUAAGCUGCAGUUUGAGAAUCUUUGAAAUUUGGCUUGGAUGCGAAAUAAUAAUAAGUAUUUCAUCAAAGUAUGUUGAAGAUUGAGCGCAAAUGUUUUGGAAUAUGGAGGAGGGAUUUUGGGAAAAAAAUUCGGCAAACCUUGUCAUCGAUGAACACUCCCUAAAAACUAAGUUGUUAGUGCUUUAGUACUCCUUGAACAUUCCUUGAAUGUUAUAACCAAAAACCAGCACAAACACUGGCAGAACAUUAAUUUAGAUUCUUGAGGUAAAGCUUUUAAAAAUUGUUAUUUGCUUGUUCCUCUCCGGCCAGGUGUUGCGUCGAAUACAGAUGGACAGUCAUCAAUCAGUAGUCCUGAUGGGCAGUCAGUUGAAGUGUCACAACUUGUGUCCGACUGGGACACAGAUCAGGUGGGUCAGUCAAACAAAAGAUUUUGUUUACCUUCAACUCCCUUGGGCUGUCAACAUCAGUUUUCCCCUACAGUAAAUAAUACAUAAGCAACAGAAAAGGGCGUGAGAAUUGUUAAAAUGGUCAUCAGAUGGAAAAUACUUCUAAUUUUUCAUCAAAUUUUCUCAACGUAGUAUUCAACUAAAGGUAUGAACAUGAGUGUACUCUGCAGAAAUUGUAUGUGGUUUUAUACACUAACUUGUAUGUAGAAAUUGGGGUUUAACGGGGUUCUAUUUAUGUGCAAGCACUGUCUUGUAUCGUUAUUGUAAUUUGCAUACCCACGGAGCACUUACAACUGUAGGAGUUCAUAACAACGCGUCGAAACGAGUCCGUGCGUUCAAGAUCGAAUUGGGAUUUGGAGGUGUUGUUUUUUUUAGGGGAAGGGAAAACCGGAGUGCUCAGAGAAAAACCUCGCAGAGCAAGUGAGAGAACCAACAACAAACUCAAACCACAAUGACGUCGACGCCAGGAUUCGAACCUGGGCCACAUUGGUGGGAGGCGAGUGCUCUCACCACUACGCCGUCCUUCAGUGCUGCUCUUAAAAUAAUAAUCGUGGGUACAGGAGACGGCUUAAAGCCAUUAAGGUGUGAAUAUAGCCCUCUUCACACCAACAAAACCAGUUUUUUAAAGUUUUUUUUUUAAACCAGGUUAAAGAAAAGAUAAUCAGUGAAAGAAAACUUUUGGUCGCUUUUAUGAAGGAGACAAAUGUACACCGUGUUUAAUUAAACAGUUUUUAAACAUGUCUAAGCUUUGGUGUGAGUUCAGUUGGGCAUAAGGCUAAUUUGUUUUAAAUCAGUGCUGCUGUGAACUUGUAGGUGUACAUGUGGCUGGUGGCAAAUGACCUUGAAGUGUACGGGGAAGAGUUCAGCAACAAAAAUAUCGACGGCAAGCAGUUAUUAAAUUUAGAUGGCUCCAAGCUCAAGGUACGACUUGGUGUUUACCCGUCUUUAAUGUUUGGGGAAAUAUUCAAAGGAGAGCUUUUUCUCUUACUUAACCCCAGGCCGACAUGCUUCGGCCUCAAAGCCGAAGCGACUAGCAGCGAACCCGCGGGAAAAAAACUUUUGCGCGGGUCACUAUAAAGACUUGGCCGAAAACGGAAACCGCGCACGUCAAGUCUCUGGCAACCAGGGUAGGUUGAUUUGGAAGACUGUGCGUUACUCUGGAAAAGUACCAGCGUCGCCCCUGACUCAGAAACCUCUGUUGCACGAUUUGAUCAUUUAAGAGGCAAAAAUAGGGGGUAAAUGUUGAUCAUCGUUUUCAUUUUUUUAAACUUUUCAGGCCAUGGGUGUGAGCCAAAACCACCGAGCUGUAAUAAAGAAAAAGAUCAAAGAAAUGAAAGCGGAAACGGAGCGGGAACUCAAGGCCAGAAAGCAACGCGAAAAAGAACAAAAGGGAAAUAAAGGAAAGCUUGAGAAAAUGGGAUUUAUGAAAAAGAAGGGAGUCUACAACAUUAACUAG